UGCCCUCAUCCAAUAUGUCUGCCGCAUCCUUCCGUGCUGACGUCGGCUGACCCCGCCCCCUCGCUGAGCUCGCCUACCUCCCGUGUCACCUUGGGGGUCUCUCCGGUCAGUCGGUGAUAAGGAUGGCGGCAGCGAGAGGCAAGGAGAGGACCUCCCCCAAGGCCAUCAAGUUCCUCUUCGGGGGGCUGGCCGGGAUGGGCGCCACCGUGUUCGUCCAGCCGCUGGAUCUGGUGAAGAAUCGGAUGCAGCUGAGCGGAGAGGGAGCCAAGACCAAAGAGUACAAGACCAGCUUCCAUGCCGUGGGCAGCAUCCUGAGGAACGAGGGUCUAGGAGGAAUAUACACGGGGUUAUCGGCCGGUCUGCUGCGCCAGGCGACCUACACCACCACACGUCUGGGUAUUUACACCAUCCUCUUCGAGAAGCUGACCAAGGCGGACGGGACUCCCCCCAACUUCCUGAUGAAGGCAGCUAUAGGGAUGACGGCCGGGGCCACGGGGGCCUUUGUGGGGACUCCUGCGGAGGUGGCACUGAUCAGGAUGACAGCAGAUGGCAGGUAAGAGAAAGCGCCCCUG